AUGGAGCAGCAAUAUCUCUCCAAACUCCACCCCACAGUGGAUUACGGAGCAGGAGUGUUUCUUCUGAUCAUAGGGAUCGUGACGAUUCUGGGGAAUUCAGCAGUCCUUGUAACCGCAGUGAAACGCUCUUCCCAUCUCAAGUCACCCCAGCUGCUUAUCAUAAAUUUAGCCAUAACGGAUCUUGGAAUGGCCAUCAGCAUGUACCCGCUGGCCAUUGCCUCAGCAUGGAACCAUGCUUGGCUGGGAGGAGAUACGUCCUGUAUAUAUUAUGCCCUGAUGGGUUUCCUCUUCGGCGUCUCCAGCAUGAUGACCUUGUGUAUGAUGGCUGUGAUCCGGUUCCUUGUAACCAACUCAUCCACAUCUAAUAGCAAUACAAUCAACAAGAACGCCGUUUGCAUUUUGAUUGCGUUCAUCUGGCUGUGCUCGCUGCUCUGGGCCAUUCUGCCUUUGCUGGGUUGGGGUUAUUAUGGCCCCGAACCGUUCGGCAUCUCCUGCACGAUAGCGUGGAGUGAAUUCCACAACUCCGCCAACGGUUUCUCUUUCAUCCUGACCAUGUUCAUUCUGUGCACACUCCUGCCUGCACUGACCAUCCUCAGCUGUUACUUGGGCAUAGCGUGGAAGGUUUGCAAAGCACAUCAGGAGAUACAGAACUUUGACAGGAUCCCUAAUGCGGCAAAGCUGGAAAGGAGGCUGACACUGAUGGCCGUGUUUGUCAGUGUCGGAUUCCUCGGUGCCUGGACGCCUUACGCAGCAGUCAGCUUUUGGUCAAUCUUUAACUCCAGCAAAUCUCUACAUCCUGUCAUUACACUACUGCCGUGUCUGUUUGCCAAGUCUUCAACAGCUUAUAACCCUUUCAUUUACUACGUCUUCAGCAAAACUUUCCGGCGUGAAAUUAAGCAAAUGAAGUGUUGCUGCGGCUGGCGAGCUCACUUCUUUAACACAGAGAACUCAAUCGAAAACCCCGUGACGAUGAUGUGGAUGGGUAGAGAAAACAUAUGUACUUGUCCAACUGCAAAGGUGAACAACAGGGAGGCCUCAACCCAAUGAGCAGCAGAGCUGGCUCUACAAACACAGCAGAAAAGCCUACUUCAUCCUGUAUUAUAGGGAAUCGGUACAGGAGGGCAGUCAUGUCGUCUGUUAUGAUAAAUUGCUGUCGUACAUUGAGUGAAAUGUUGUAAAGAACCAUGAUUUAUUUUUAAAGUUAAGCAGCAAGGAAAGAGGUGUUUUGAGGGACUUUCACUUUAUGAAAAUUAAAAUAUCAGUGGAUUCCUCCUGCCCUAAACCAAACAAAACCAGCUUUAGCUUAAUUACUGUGGAAGAAUAAGUACUGUGCUUGAAAGAGGAUUUACUGGUUUUUAUUUUUUUCCUUAUGCUUUUGACUUUAUGCUGGAAUCUCUGUGCUGCUCAUGACUGUGCCUCAAGAGAAAACAACUGAUAAUACUGGAGUAUUGAUACCCAUUGAUAAUAUUGAUAUUGAUAAGUUGAUACCCCCUGCCCCAAAUUAGAUGCUUUUAAACAAAGAGGAAUGAGAAUAUGCCACUUCCCCAGCAAUAAGAAAGGAUGAACGUAGUGGAACCAAGAACACUCAUCAGCUGGAAGAGACAGAGCUACAGGAUGCAGCAACCACUUGCAAAAUGGCCAUUUUAGGGUUACAGUUGCUUGCCUCUUCCAAAUUUAAAGGGCCAGUCUCCAGAAAGGCAUGUCAGGGCAAGGAUUCUUUAAGAAUAGCUAGUGAUAGCAGGCCUGAUUCCCUGCUUAUUCUAGUGUAAACAGGGAGGUACUUCAUUGAAGUCAAUGGUACUAUUAGAGGAGUCUCAGGCCCCUGUACGUUGACAGGAGAAAGGACAAAGGUAAGGUGUAGUUCUGUGAAGGAGAAGCAAAUCCCAAGUCUCUUCAGUCUGCAAAGUUGAGGGUUGGCAAAGAAUAGUGUGUCUGAGGAGACCUGGGUUUAAACACGCUCCUCCUCAUGUUAAUGAGUUGCUUAGCUACACUCAUUCGCUCUUUGCUUCACUCGUGCUACUAAACAGAAGUAACAUGGGCUCAGAUGCUUUCUAGGAAAUGAUCAGUAGAAGUUAGGAGCCUAAAUACCUUUAAGGAUCCGGGCCUAGGUGUGCAUAGGUCAUAUUCAAAUUACUGCAGAACCCCACUCCCUGUGCUCCCUCCUGUCUUGCCCAUCACUUUUUGUCACAGUCUUUUACACACGAAACUCAGUGGAGCUUGUUGGGAAUUUAUCCAAGAAACACUGUUUGUUGGAAAAUGCUGAUUUGUCAAAACUGAGCCCAUUCAUGGGAAAUCUGACACAUUUCCUGGCUCAAAAAAAAAAUUUACCCCCCACCCCCCCCCAAUUUUUGAGAUUGUUGAAACCUUCCACUUCCACAUUUUCUAAAUGAAAAGUUCCAGUUUUUGGUUUGAAAUGACU